UUGACUCACGAGUGGACACCCGGUCAGUCAAUGCGCUCCGUCACCGGAGCCACUGUCGGAAACGCACGUUCUCUGUAUGUGUAUCCUGGGAACUUUGUGAAUUAAGAUAUCACUAUUUUGUCACAUAAGCUUACAUUGACUGAGAAGUGCAAGGAUAUAUAUAUUUUUAAAUAGCAUGUACUUUGGAAGAAAUAUGAAGGACUUACCUGCCUCCCGAACUCUCGCUGUGGCAGUUUUGGUGAUGCUUCACGUUUUAAAGACAGACUCGUCCAAGGUAAACGUGCCACGGCUACGUCUCUCCUACAAAGAUCUCCUGGCCACAAACAGGUCGUCCAUAUUCAUUGGACACGGAGGCUUUCUCAAUUUAAGCUCCAUGUUUCUGGAUGAGUAUCACGACCGGCUGUUUAUCGGAGGGAAGGAUGUUCUGUACUCUCUACGCCUGGACCCCAACAACAUUGACUCGAAAGAGAUUUACUGGCCCCCACUGCCAGGUGACAAGGAGGACUGUGUUCUCAAGGGCAAAGACCCCCUGAGCGAAUGUGCUAACUAUGUCCGGAUGCUGCACCCUUACAACCGGACUCACCUGCUCUCCUGCUCCACCGGAGCCUUCCAGCCCAUGUGUGCCUUCAUCUACGUGGGGCACAGGGGAGAGCAUGUGUUCAGGAUGGACCCUGCUAGCGUGGAGAACGGGCGGGGCAGGUGCCCCCAUGACCCCAGCAAGCCCUUCGCAAGCACCUUCAUCGGUGGUGAGCUCUACACAGGGCUGACGGCAGACUUCCUGGGUCGGGAUUCAGUGAUUUUCCGCAGUAUGGGCUCCCGCUCCACCAUGAGAACAGAGACUGACCAGCGGCUGCUACACGAUCCAAAGUUUGUGGCGGCUCACUUGAUCCCGGACAAUGACGAUCGCGACAAUGACAAGGUCUAUUUCUUCUUCACUGAGAAGGCCAUGGAGGCCGAUGGCAAAAGUGGCGCCAUCUACAGCCGUGUAGGGCGUGUGUGCGCGAACGACGCGGGCGGUCAGAGAGUGCUGGUUAACAAGUGGAGCACCUUCAUCAAGGCCAGGCUGGUGUGCUCCGUCCCCGGACCUCACGGGAUAGACACACACUUUGACGAGCUGGAGGAUGUCUUUCUGCUGAGAACGAAGGAUGAGAAAAACCCAGAGGUCUACGCAAUAUUCAGCACCAUCAGCAAUGUGUUCCAGGGUUUUGCAGUGUGUGUCUAUCGCAUGGCGGACAUCCGUGAGGCGUUCAACGGCCCCUUCGCCCACCAGGAGGGUCCGGACUACCAGUGGGGUGCCUUCGAGGGCAGAGUGCCCUACCCGCGACCCGGCGUGUGCCCAAGCAAGAUCACGAACCAGCCGGGCAGGCAGUUUGGCAGCACCAAGGACUACCCGGACGGAGUGCUCCAGUUUGCCCGCAGUCACCCGCUCAUGUCCCAGCCAGUGUACCCGACCCUGCGGCAGCCUGUGCUGGUCAAGACCAACGUGGAGUACCGGCUGCGGCACAUCAUGGUGGACCGCGUGGAGGCCGAGGACGGGCAGUACGACGUCAUGUUCAUCGGCACGGACACUGGCUCUGUGCUCAAGGGGAUCGUGUUGCGCAGCGGAAACUCUCUCCACACUGAAGAGGUAACCCUGGAAGAGCUGCAGGUCUUCAAGGUGCCAACACCCAUUACCUCCAUGAAGAUCUCUGUCAAACGGCAAAUGCUGUAUGUGGGCUCGCAGGUGGGAGUGGCACAGCUGAGGCUGCAUCGCUGUGAGACGUACGGGAAGGCGUGUGCGGAGUGCUGUCUGGCACGGGAUCCCUACUGUGCCUGGGACGGGGUCUCCUGCACCCGCUACCAGCCCCACAACAAGAGACGCUUCCGCAGGCAGGAUAUCCGCAAUGGAAACCCAGUCCACCAGUGCCUGGACCAGAACCUCAGUGUGGAAGACCUGGACAGCGCAGAGGAGAAGGUGGUGUACGGGACGGAGAACAACAGCACCUUCCUGGAGUGCGUCCCCAAAUCUCCCCAGGCCACUGUCACCUGGUUUGUGGAGAGAGAUGACCGCAGAGAUGAGGUGAAGACGGAUGAGCGGAUGAUCCGGACGGAGCAGGGCCUGCUGUUCCGCAAGGUGUUCCGGCACGACGAGGGGGUGUACGUGUGCCAGUCGCAGGAGCAUGGCUUUGCCCAGACACUGCUGCGCAUCUCCCUGGAGGUCCUGCGCGGGGAGACACUGGUGGAGCUCUUCAACAAGGAGGGCGGGGCCGGAGAAGAGUGGGCGGGGUACCGGCCCCUGCCUUGCCACACCCAGCGGGCCACGCCCCACAGCCGCUCCUGGUUCAAGGACAUCAUGCAGCUGAUUGGUCCAUCCAACCUGCCUCGCGUGGAGGAAUACUGCGAGCGGGUCUGGUGCAGUGAUAAGCAGAGGCGCAAACACAAGGCCAUGUUGAACAAGUACAAGCUGGCACAGGAGAGCGGGCGCAAGGCACGGAACAAGGGCUCGGGCGAGAGGCACAGGAUCCCGCGAUCGGUUAGAGACACGUAGGGUAAUUUCACCUCAUGAACGCUGUCCUGGCUCUGGGGCUGAGAGGGCAAGGACUUGGCAGGAGAGAAGUUCUUCAGCUUGGUGAAAGACAUUUCUAGGAGUAAGCAGCCUGCUACUCUCAGCUCUUGGCCUAUCUGAACUCUGUUUGAAACACCAGACUGUAUCUCUCAGUCAAGGCUAACUAGUGGCCACUCCAAGGCAACUUGGAUCAUGAAAAGGCUCUUGCAUAAACUUUUUAAACCCUUCUUUCUUUCUUGUAAAAUAGUGUAAACGGGUCUCCUUCGGACCGCACAGCUGUUUCGGUGUGUUGACAGUUUGAUAUCUCUUUCCACCACAUACUGUAGUUUGUUCACACGGUACUCACAAAUACACGCUCAUUAUCACUCGCUGGCCAGAUAUCCCCAGCUACAUUCCCAGGGAUUAUGCUUGCAGCCUGUGAAACUCUCUUGAUUAUUUAUUUUACAGAAAGGGUUUUUUUUUUUUUUCAAAUAAAUCUGCUGUGAAGGUGUGGAGUCGAGAAAAAGCAUGGGAGAUUUACUGCCAAACUUACGUGACGAAAGUUGGUCAUUCAACUGAGAAGCUGCCAUCAUGUUACCAGCAAAAACUGACAACUCGAUCAGCAAACCAGUACUUUUACUGGCAAAAGUGGGCCGUAUUUAUUGGCAGACCCGAUUCCCCAAUCAAGGUCUGUUUCAUUGUUAAAGCAUCACCUUAUAUGUUUUUUCUGGUAAAACCUAAUCAUUUUACUGACAGAACACAAAGAUUUCACCCUGACAAAACAUGCCCUUUCUCAUUCUCAUUCUCCAGCAAACAAAAGCUGAGAGUUCUGCUGUCUGCUGGGAUAUUUUUACAGGCAAAAGCUGGAUCAUUUUCCCUGACACCCCAUUUUUUUUCUGACACUGUAUGAAGUUGACCAAGCCAAUUAAUGUGAUACAUACUGAUCAUUUUACUGGAGAAAAUAAAGUUACGUACGUGUUUUAGCCGACUGACAUUUUUAGUUUACUUAUUUAUGUGAUAAACUGUACUUUGCGUACCACUUGCAGUUCAUUCUUGUUGCCCUUGUUGACUUACUGUAGAUAACGAUAACUUACUGUAGAUAAUUUGCUGUACAGCAGUCCCUCAUUCUGUUAGCAGUCCAUUUAGUUUUAAUGGUUUUGAAUUUGGAAGUCAUCAUGGCAAAAACAAAGACAUUGAGCAACUGAUUAAACUAUAGUAUCAGUCAUUAACUGUUGUGUCUGGUAUUGGUAUAUCUAUAUACUGUAUAUAUGAAAACACUACCUUCGUUCAACCAAUGCAGCUGUCCAUAUGGUAGCCCCUUGCACAGCAGCGGCAAUGCAUUGCCAUUGAAGACCAUUAGGAAAUCCUUCAAGUUUUUACAUCAUUCUCCUUUCCCAAAGGAUCAUCAUAACAGAAUGCUGAGUCUAACGGUAGAACUGCAGGAACCUUUGUUUUUGCCUGGAAAGACUCCAGAAUCCUGGUUUAUAUAUAUUAAAAAAAAAAAAAAAAAAUCUACAGAUUGAAAUGACUUCACUAAAUAAUUGUGCAAAGCCACAGAAUGACACUGAUUACCUAAAGGAUUGUUCAAAUAAACUGUUCCUGACAUCGUACAGGCCUUGCAAAAUGACAGCUAGCGUGGAGCACACCAGAGAUUGACCAUUGCCGGUCUAUACGGAACUGAGGGGACCACCCCUGGAAGAAGUGUGUGUAAUUUAAUAAUGUAUUUAUAUCCUAUUUAAUGACCUCCCUCAUGCAUGUAUCGGAGUGAAUUGUUGUUUUGUUGUUUUUUUUGUAAUUUUUUGAGCACAGCAUGGGUUUGUGUUUUUUAUUGAAUUUUUUCAAUAUACUUUUCUUUUGUUUUUUCCCUUAUAAAAGCUCUUGCCAAGGCAAUAAAA